UUACUAAAUCCUCGACUUCAGAAUCUGAACAUUCUUUAAUUUAUCUCCAAACGAAUUGUUUGCACUGAUAGAAACUUAGCCAAAUUUUCAAAUCCCAUUCAAUUAGUAUACACUCUCUCAACAGUCUCCAUUAAUGAGGGUUGCUGCUUCUGAUGGCUAGCAGUAACAGUUUUUAUUUUCCUCCACUUGUUUUUUCUUCUUAAUGCCGUCUUCUCUCUAUAUAUAUUUUCCCAAGAAAACCAAAUCCUUUUGUAUUAAACUUUGAUUUAAUCUCAAACUCUAGUUUCGGAAACACCAUUCAAAUUCCUUAACUUUCCUGGAAAAAGAAACAACCAUUUCAUUUCCAUAUUAAUCAAUCACAACCUCCAAUUACUAUUUCGAGAGAGAGGAAAAUCAAGUUGACCUCAGAUAUGGAUGUAUCCAAUACGAUGCUGCUUGUAGCGAUCGCUGCAGCUUACUGGCUAUGGUUCAAGCGGAUCUCACGGUGGCUAAAGGGUCCACGUGUCUGGCCGAUAUUGGGCAGUCUUCCGGGUCUGAUCGAGCAGCGUGACCGUAUGCAUGACUGGAUCACUGAGAACCUCCGUGCGUGUGGCGGUACGUAUCAGACAUGUAUCUGUGCAGUGCCUUUCUUGGCCAAGAAGCAAGGUCUCGUGACGGUCACUUGCGACCCCAAGAACAUUGAACACAUGCUCAAGACCCGCUUCGAUAACUAUCCUAAAGGUCCCGCGUGGCAAGCCGUUUUCCAUGACUUCCUCGGCCAAGGAAUCUUCAACGCUGACGGCGACACCUGGCUCUUCCAGGGCAAAACCGCCGCUCUUGAAUUUACCACCAGGACGCUGAGGCAAGCCAUGGGUAGGUGGGUAAACCGGGGAAUCAAGCUCAGGUUCUGUCCGAUUCUUGAAACGGCUCAGAUCAAAUGCGAGCCGGUCGACCUCCAAGACUUGGUUCUACGCCUCACAUUCGACAACAUUUGCGGUUUAGCGUUUAGAAAGGACACUCGAACCUGUGCGCCAGGACUUCCCGAGAAUGGAUUCGCUUCGGCUUUUGACCGAGCCACCGAAGCUUCUCUGCAGCGGUUUAUUCUGCCGGAAUUCCUGUGGAAGCUCAAGAAAUGGCUGGGGCUCGGCUUAGAAGUCAGCUUGAACCGGAGCUUGGGAGAGAUUGAUGGGUAUUUAGAUGCAGUCAUUAAUACACGUAAGCAAGAACUGCUGAGUCAGCAAGAGAGUGGGGUCCAAGGACACGACGAUCUCCUCUCCCGUUUUAUGAAGAAGAAAGAUCAGAAAGGUCAGUCUUACAGCGAGGGUUUCCUGCGGCACGUGGCGCUUAAUUUCAUACUAGCUGGUCGUGACACGUCAUCAGUAGCACUGAGCUGGUUUUUCUGGCUCGUCACGACGCAUCCAACGGUGGAGAAUAAGAUCGUGCGCGAGAUAUGCUCCGUUCUGAUCGAGACGCGUGACCGCGUCUCGUCGUGGACGGAGGAGCCCUUAGGAUUCGAUGAGGUGGAUCGAUUGGUUUACCUCAAGGCGGCGCUCUCGGAGACGCUCAGGCUUUACCCAUCGGUGCCGGAGGACUCGAAGCACGUCGUGAACGACGAUAUUAUGCCGGACGGAACCUUCGUACCGGCGGGAUCGUCGGUGACAUAUUCGAUAUACGCGUCGGGGAGGAUGAAGACAACGUGGGGAGAGGAUUGCCUGGAAUUCAAGCCGGAGAGGUGGAUCUCGCCGGACGAUGGGAAAUUCCUGAACCACAAUCAGUAUAGAUUCGUGGCGUUUAACGCCGGACCAAGGAUAUGUCUGGGGAAAGAACUAGCAUAUCUCCAGAUGAAAACGAUAGCUGCGGCGGUUUAGCACUGCGUACCACCCACAGACGGAUGGACAAUCCGAGAGGACCAUCCAAACACUUGAAGAUAUGUUGAGGGCGAGUGUUUUGGAAUGGGGAGAUAAAUGGAGCGAAUAUCUACCAUUGAUGGAGUUCUCAUAUAACAACAGCUACCAUGCGAGCAUUGAAAUGUCCCCGUAUGAAGCGUUGUAUGGGCGACCCUGUAGGACC